CCCGAACAACUGUCAACGUCCAUGCCGCAUUGUAUACAUCGCGUUCUCCAACGUUUCAAGUAGUAAAAAUCACAUGUAAUCAGUUUUUUAAACUAUUCUUUCAAGUUCUACGAAUAUCCUGUGAAAAUGAAGGAAUCGAAAAAACAUAACGGUACACCCACCAGUGGGAAGGGUGAUAAAAAACUCAAAAAAGGAAAUAAAACCACCGACAAAGCGAAGGGCGAACCUUCCACGACCAAUGGUAAAGCGCCAAAAAUGUGGGACGACGAUCGGUUCGCCCAUCUGAUCAACAACCCCCGCUACCAUGGCAUUCCGAAAUCGAAGAAAAAGGUUACAAUCGAUAACCGAUUCAAGGCAAUGUUCGAUGAUGAGCGAUUUAUUCACAAAGGUACAAUGGAUAAGUACGGUCGGAAGAUCAAGAAAACGGAUUCGGAUAUGCUUAGGAAGUUUUACCACCUGGAAUCGGAUGAGGAGGAAAAUGAACAGGAAGCGGCACGGGAACGUGAACGCGAGGAACGUGCCAUGGAGGGUCGGGCGGGAAGCGAUUCCGAAACGGAUUCCGACGAAGGGUUAAAGUUAACGGAGGAGGAAAAGAAAGCGCGACUAUCGAAGACCAUUAAAGAUCGAUUGAAAGACGCGGAUUUAGACUAUGCACGUGGUGAGGGUGUACUGGAAUCGGACUCUUCCUCCGACGAUGGGUCAGAUGCUGACGAAGAAGAGGAGGACGUGUUUAUCGAGCACGGCUGGGGUGAAAUAGAUGGAGACGCGGAAAGGACGGACGAUUCAACGAAAAGGUUGGCCGUCUGCCACAUGGAUUGGGAUCGUAUCCGUGCGGUGGACGUUAUGGUACUGUUGAGUUCUUUUCUUCCACCGGGAUCGGCGAUAGAGAGUGUUACGAUAUAUCCUUCAGAAUAUGGCAAGGAACGUAUGAAAGAGGAAGAAGAACGUGGCCCACAGGAAUUAACUGCUCGCACGAUUGAAAGUUCCGGCGAAGAGGAGGACGAGGACGAAACGGUACAGAAAGAACGGUUGCGUGAAUAUCAGCUAAAUCGUUUGAAGUACUAUUACGCGGUUGCUGAAUGUGAUUCCGUUGCGACGGCGGACAAAAUUUAUAGAGAGUGCGAUGGCAUCGAGUACGAAAGUACGGCAAACAAGCUGGACCUGCGGUUCAUUCCCGAUGAUAUGGAAUUUGACGAUCAGCCGAAAGAUCGAUGCACUGAACUGCCCGAGAUAGGCAAAUAUGUGCCCCGGAUUUUCGCUACGUCGGCACUGCACCAGGCCAAAGUCGAACUAACCUGGGACGAAAACGAUCAGGAUCGUAAGGAAUUUAACGAAAAGUUACGCGAUGGCAAAUGGGCCGAUUUGCCAGAAGCGGAGCUGAAAAAGUAUGUCGUGUGUUCCAGCAGUGACGAGGAAGCGGAUGAUGGUGAAGUGACCAAACGUAAAGCUAAAGGUCCAAUCGUACGUCUACGGCCACCAGGUAGUGACAGCGAUUCGGACGAAGAUGGUUCCGAUUCAGAGGGCGAACCUAAAGGGAACCGCAAAGAGAAAAUGAUCGCAAAGUAUCGUGCACUGUUAAGUGAUAUUAAAGAACAGGAACAGGCGGAAGAGGACGAUAAAACUGGAAUGGAAUUCACUUGGGAUGUGGACGGUAAAGAAAACGGACCGCCCAAAGAUGAGGACGAAUCCGACGAAAAUGGUCCCCCUUCCAAGCACACGCAAGACGAUGUGAAUCCUUUCGAAAAGAUUUUGCUAAAGAAGAAAGAAAAAAGCAAACGUCGCAAGGAACUGAAAAAGCGUCGUAAACGCGGUGAACUGGACGGUGAUGAAGGAGACGCAAACGACGACGACACAUCCGAGGAUGAUCUACCGCACGGCGUUGAUCUUAAUGAUCCAUUCUUUGCGAGCGCUUUCGACGAGAAAGAAUUCGACAUGGGUAACAAGAAGAAAUCCAAACAGAAAGAUCGUGAAGCGAUCCAGCAGGCCAAAGAGCAGGAGGAACGCGAGGCAGAAGAAACUGCCCGUCGUCGGGCCGAGCUGGAACUUAUGCUGGACGAUGGUGAGGACAAUCGUGCACACUUUAAUUUGCGUGCGAUACAGGAGCGUGAACUCGAUCUGACCACCGUUUCGAAAUCCAAGCGGCGGCAUCUGCUUAAAAAAAGCCGUCGCCAGAUCGAGGAACAGCGUAACAGUAAGGCGGCUGCGGAUGAUUUUGAGGUGGACGUGGAAGAUCCACGAUUUAAGGCGAUCUACUCGAAGGCGGACUAUAACAUCGAUCCGACCAAUCCGGCCUUUAAGAAGACGAAAGCGAUGGAGCGUUUGAUCGAGACGAAGCUGCGGAAGCGUCAGCUGGCGGAGAAUGAUGUGAGGGAAGGGAAUGGUCUGCAGGAGCAACAGGUAGAGUCGAAAGUGGCACGAAAAGACGUUGCCACAACAAUGCUCGUUAAGAGUAUCAAGCGAAAGAUAAAAAAUGCAUCGUAAGAAAUCAUUUUUUUGGUAGUUUUUGAUUAAUAAAGUAUCGCGAAAUAC